AUGGGUCGGCGGAACAGAUGGCUCAUCCAAUGCCCACUGAUGCACUACAUGGCCAAGCGCAACGGCUCUUGCUCAACAUACAACUCGACGAACUCCGAGUGGUUCAAGAUCUCUGACCUUGGUCUCGAGGCGGACGGCAAUACCUGGUAUCAGGCAAACUUGAGUCAGUACUGUUCGUACUUUGCUUCGAACAUGGCACUAAUCAUCGCGCAGAUCUACAACCCUCCCAUUCAGUACACGUUCCCCGGCCCUCCUGUUGCAAGCUUUGUGGACGCCAGCUCAAGCUCUGCUGAGCCUUCUUCCGCCGGCUUUGUAUCGGGUUCCUCAGCAGGGACUACAUCAACCUUUGCCAACGGCCCUUCCUCCACCAUUAUCGCGUCAUCCACCCCAAGUCCAACAGUGAUAGGGCAGUGCAUGCUUAGUGGCCGUUCCGUCAACGAGGGUGUUGUCAAGUGA